CUGGAACCAGCAAUGCAAAGGCGUGACAUGAUCGGUCGUGCUAGAACAGGAACGGGCAAAACUCUUGCUUUUGGAAUUCCCAUUAUGGAUAAGAUCAUUCAGCUCAAUGCUAAACAUGGGCAGGGCAGGUAUCCGCUGGCGUUGGUUUUGGCUCCAACAAGGGAGCUCGCCCGCCAGGUUGAGAAGGAAUUUGAUGAGUCCGCGCCAGGAUUGGAUACAAUUUGCGUUUAUGGUGGUACGCCCAUCUCAAGCCAAAUGAGGCAGCUUGACUAUGGUGUUGAUGUGGCUGUUGGCACACCUGGUCGCAUUAUUGAUCUUCUGAACAGAGGUGCCCUGAACUUGUCAGAAGUUCAGUUUGUUGUUCUUGAUGAAGCUGACCAGAUGCUUCAAGUUGGCUUUCAGGAGGAAGUUGAAAAAAUCUUGGAGACGUUGCCGCAGAAUCGUCAGAGUUUAAUGUUCUCUGCAACAAUGCCAUCUUGGAUUAAAAAACUCACCCAAAAUUACCUAAAAAAUCCACUAACAAUUGAUCUGGUUGGAGAUUCUGAUCAGAAGUUGGCUGAUGGAAUUUCUCUAUACUCGAUUGCAUCAGGCAAUUAUGGAAAAGCUUCAAUUAUUGGACCUCUGAUAACAGAGCAUGCAAAAGGAGGAAAAUAUAUUGUUUUCACUCAAACAAAACGAGCUGAUCGAUUGGCAUAUGCCAUGGGAAGAAACUACAAAUGUGAGGCUUUGCAUGGGGAUAUCUCACAAAGUCAGAGGGAAAGAACACUUGCAGGUUUCCGAGAUGGGCAUUUCAAUAUUUUAGUUGCCACUGAUGUUGCCUCUCGUGGCCUUGAUAUUCCUAAUGUUGAUCUGGUAAUACAUCACGAGCUUCCCAACAAUUCGGAGAUAUUUGUUCAUCGAUCAGGCCGAACAGGUCGUGGGAAGAAAGGAAGUGCUGUCCUUAUUUACACACAGGACCAGGCAAGGGCUGUCAGAGUUAUAGAGCGAGACGUUGGAUGCAGAUUUGCAGAGCUACCCAAAAUUGUUGUUGAGGGUGGAAGUGGGGACAUGUUAGCUGACAUGGGUGGUGGUGGUAGAUUUGGCUCUCAUGGAGGCACGAGGGAUCGUCGGUUUGGUGAUAGCGCUUUUAACCGCUUUAGUGGUCAAGGGCGUCCUGGAUUUGGUCGUAGCAGUGGCUAUGGAGAUUCCUCUAGUCAAACAAGUCAAUAUGGUGGACCUAGCUCUGGACGUUUUGGUUCCUUUGGUGGCCCUGGAUCUGGGAACUUUAGUGGUUCUGGGUUUAGUCGUUCAUGUGCUUUUGGCGAUUCUAGUAGUUCAGACCGUUCUGGUGGUUUUGGGGGCUUUGGUUCAGGCCGUUCUAGUGGAUUUGGUGACAACCUAUCAAGCCAAAACAGCAGUGGCUUCAGUAAUUCUCGUACUAGACGUUUUGGCAGCUUUGGGGAUGAUAGAAUCAAUGAUGAUCAGAACAAUGGGAGAAGAGCAUUCUGACUUUG